AUGUCCGACGUUGAAGAAGUCCAAGAAGUUCAAGAAGUUCCAGUUGUUGAACAACCAACUGAGUCCAUCACCAUCGAAGACGCUUUGAAGGUUGUCUUGAGAACCGCUUUGAUUCACGAUGGUUUGGCCAGAGGUCUAAGAGAGUCCGCUAAGGCUCUAACCAGAGGUGAAGCUCAAUUGGCUGUCUUGGUUGACUCUGUCACCGAAGACAACAUCAUCAAGCUCGUUGAAGGUCUAGCCAACGACCCUGAGAACAAGGUUCCUUUGAUCAAGGUCGCCGACGCCAAGCAACUUGGUGAAUGGGCCGGUUUGGGUAAGAUCGACCGUGAGGGUAACGCCAGAAAGGUUGUUGGUGCCUCCGUCGUUGUUGUCAAGAACUGGGGUGCUGACACUGAAGAGCGCCAAAUGAUCUUGGAGCACUUCUCCCAGUAA